AUGUUGGCAGGUAAAGAUCUUCUUCAAAAGGGACUUCGGAAAAACAUUAAGUCGGGUUUUAGUACGAAAGUAUGGUUUCAUAAUUGGAUCCCGACAAUCCCGGCACGUCCAGCGAAAGAUAAUGGCGUUUUCAGAGAUCCGCACUUGUAUGUAAACCAUUUGAUCGAUUUUAAUACCAAGGAGUGGAAGAGGGACAUGCUCCAAGAGCUAAUUGAUCCUGCAGAUAUUCCUUUGAUUACGGGUUUAAGACCAAGCAGACAAUUUCAGGUAGACGAUUUUAUAUGGGUUUACAACAAGUCAGGCCUUUACACGGUUAAGUCGGGUUACUUGUUGGCAUCCAAAGAGGCUUUGGCGAGUCGGGAAGUGCUGGAACCAAGCAUCUCAAAGCUCCAAAAUCAGGUGUGGAAGACCCGAACUGCUAGGAAAGUAAAGCACUUCAUGUGGCAAGCUUUAUCGGGAUGCAUAGCAACUUGUAGUCGCUUAACAGAUCGCCAUUGUGGUCGAGAUAGAUCAUGCCCGCGUUGUGGUGCAGAAGAGGAAUCGAUAAAUCAUCUCCUGUUUGAAUGCCCUCCUGCCUUGCAGGUAUGGGCUCUCAGUAACAUUCCUACAAUUCCGGGGUCUUUCCCGAGUACCUCUCUUUUUGCCAACAUGGAUCACCUUUUAUGGAGAACAAAGGAGCAAGGAAUUGCUGAAGAAUUUGUAGAAUGCUUUCCAUGGAUCCUAUGGUUCAUCUGGAAAGCUAGGAAUGAGAAAGUUUUCAAUAACAAGGACAUCCGACCACCGGAGACGUUAGCUAAGGCAGUAGCAGAAUCUAUGUCAUGGAAAAUCGCUCAAACCAUAGAGGACGAACUAGAUCAGGACGAGGAUGGAGAGCAGGCAUCUGAGGCUAGAGUUUUGGCGCGAGACCUAUACGCGGGUAUACGAUGUCAAUCUGAUGCGUCUUGGUCCAGCAAUGGGAAGAGUGCGGGACUAGGCUUCUUCGUGAGUGGGACUCACACUCCUUUGUUGGGACAGAAAGGUAUUUCUCAAUCCCUCUCUGCACUUCAUGCAGAGUUUGAAGGACUUCUUUGGGCCAUGGAAACUUUGUUGCAACAUGGACAUCAUGAAGUUAAAUUUGAAACGGAUUGCUCAGAACUCAUUAAACUCAUUGAUCAAGCGGAGGAAUGGCCAGCCUUUUCCACGGAGUUAGAUAUUUUCACAACUACAAAAGCGAAAUUCUUUCAUUUCUCGAUUUCUUUUAUUUCUAGGAAUAAGAAUAUCCGUGCAGAUUCUUUAGCAAAGAAUGCGAGGUCACGAGAUAUUUUGUUUUCCCAUGUAAGCUCACACUUUCCGGUUUGGAUGGCUCACGAGGCCAUCCUCUUUGAUUCAGCUUAA